CUCCUUGCUCAGCACUCAAUUAUUCUCGGAGUAGAGGUUCAGGAUUACGACGAAGAUCCAACUCUUGUCCUAAAGCGCUUCGCCUUGCUUUUCACGCUUUCUGAAGUCGUCAUUCUUCAGACCCACUUCACGCGGUCGUGGUCGUUUUGCAAGACAGCGUACCCUUCAAUGUACACCGAUACGGGCGAUGGUUGUAGUCAGAGCGUUCCUAUGAAAACCGCGCUAGGCUGGGCUCUUGCUGCGACAGAGGUGGUCCCAGUGUGCAUUUCGGUCACGAUGGCAACCCAUGGCUUCCGAGUUACCAGUCCAAGGCCAGUUGGAUCCUCGUGUCUCACGUCAACGGAGCAGCUUCCGGUAUGCGGCAAAGAGGGUUCGGAGAUUCAGGAUGAUCGCCUUGGCGCGGCGUACCGCUACGUCGAUGAAGAGUGGCUUUCGUAUGAAACAGAACAACUGUUGGCCACGAAGAUGCGGGCAGCCAGGAGGCUGCACCCAUCAUUCUGCGUAGCCGUGUUCAAUGUUGACUACGACGCGCCUGGAGCGCAAUGUUCAAGGAAGCGGGCGAUGCCCUUUGUUCACCUGGACGCCAUCGCUGAGGGAGCAGGUUACAAGAAAAGUAGCGGCGACGAGAAGAAAGCACCCGAUAGCAAGUACAUCGACGUGGACUAUGGCAACGAACCCCCAACGCUAGUCUGCGUCGUAUCCGAUGACAAUAACCACGACGCGCCGCACCUACCGGAAGAAGGAUGCGACUAUUUCGUCUACCAGAGCGUCGUCUACAAGGACGAUACAUUCGUGCCUCGCUCCAAGAAGACGGAGUUCUUCAAGCGCUUCGCGUCUGUGAAGUCGCGGAACGAGGAAGCAAAGUACCUGGUUGCCCUGGACGCCGGGGAGUUCAUGCAGCGCUACGCGAGCGGCGUUCAAGGAGACGACUGGUUCGCGCGCUUCGUGGGUCAGCUGGUGCUUUUCCUGGAGGAGCACUCAAUGGACGGCGUGGCCGUGGUCGAGCUGCCUCUCACCUUGGCCGAGCUGGAUCGAGUGACGCCGUCGCUGGCGGCCGUGCGCCGCUACACGGCCCACUUCGGCUACCUGUAUUUGCUGGGCGUGAACCUGCGGGAUUCCGGAAACGCCAGCAUCCCUGCCGCGCUGCCACGGAUCGCCGCACUGUCCAGGUUGGCCGAUGUACUGGUUCUCGAGAGUCACCUGGUUGCAAGAGCGGCAUCCGCCGCCCCUCAAGCGAGCGCUGUCAAGAACGGCAGCUGCACCGUCCGCUUUCCCAGUUCAGCGCACGAAUCCACACUGGGUGGCGGGCCCGGCAUGUCGCUGGACGAGGCUGGUCGCAUUCUGCGCCGACUCGAGCGUUAUUCCUUCGCUAAGGAAGAAGGGGAGCACGGAGAAAGCGAGGCGCUUCUUUGUUUCUCGCUCAGCCUGGCCGCCUUCCGGUUUCGCAUGGACAACGACACUAAGGGCCUGCCUGGUCAUUCCUGCUCUGGCGUCGACAUGCUGCCUUUCCGUGAGACCUGUAUGUCUCCCAAGAAUAAGAACUGGUCCGAAGAAAUUGUCUCUCAGACUGCGCGCUCGUCUUAUCGUGUGGCUCCAGGCGCAGUUAUCACCUUUGACUCGGUCAACGACAUCGAACACAAACUGCUAUCCACCGUGCAUGGACUCACUUGCGGAGCCGUGUACGCCGUCAACUUUGACGAGUUGGAGUCCGUGUGUUCAGCUUCGGCUGGGAUCAAGCCAUUUCCCCGCCUACAAGCCGUGAUCAACAGCAUUGUCGUCGCGUCCACAGCCGAAGAGGAGGCGUUUGGUGAUUCGACAACGCUGUCAGUUGCGCCUGUGAAGACGACAGUAGCUACCCACGCGGCAAAUACGACCGGAGAAGGGAGGACAGCCAGUCCCGUGGCGCUGAAAUCUGCAAAUGAGGGCGAGAAGAGGCUGAUCUGCACGGUGGCCAACGUGACGGACGAGUUUCUGCAGUCCGACGUCUGGAAAGCCUGCAGUCACCUUGUGUUUAUGAGCCUCAGCUACGACCGCAAUUCGUCCGGCCUGUUUUCUAAAGAUGGCGAGUCCUAUCUGUGCCACCAUCCGGCAGACACAUCAAUAUUACUGUUCAUUCCGCGUCUACGAGUAGGUUCAACAGGAAGCUUUAGGUCUUACCUAACGCCCCACGGAGAUCAAUUUGCGCAGCGCCACUAAAAAGGAAAUUUGAAACUGC